GUGACCAAUGCAUGGAAACUGGUUGGAACGAGUUGCUGUAGCCGGAAUAUUCUGGAUGAGACAGAGGUAACAGUAGUGAACAAGACGUUGUGACAAGAGACUGAACCACGUUCAGAAAUCAGUAGUCUUGGCACAAUGGCUGACCUAGAAGGCAAGUACAUGUGCCAUGAAGACAUCAGACAGGCGGCAGAAUCUCUGUUGUCCAUGUCUAAUCAAGACCAAUUCUCAGUGGAAAAUGAAACAGAAAACCUGCCUCCAGUGGAAGACGAGCAGGGGAACGAACCUGACCACCGAGGUGAGGAGACUGAGGGUGAAACAGAGCCCCUCUGCGACACAGACACAGACUGCACCCACAGUUGUGCCUCCAGCUCACAAGGCUCCCCACUCCCCUCCAAGAAGUUCCUGGCAGAGCAAAUGGGUAUGGGUAGCCCGGAGUGCUGUGUCACUAAUCCUGUGAUGGAGCCAUUGCCCCUGAAGAAAUAUCUUUCCACGGAACUCGGGUGUGGAGAUGCGGACUGUCCCAGUUGCCUGUCCAGCAGCAACGUGACUCCUCUACCGUACAGGAAGUUCAAGCCUCCAGAGUCUGACGCAGGAACUGAUCUCCUACCUGUGUGUCGCAUCUGCCAACUUCCAGGAGAUGACGAUGAAAUACUCUUCUCACCAUGUCGAUGUGCAGGCUCUCUCAGAUAUGUGCAUUACCAUUGUUUGUUGAAAUGGAUAGAAGUGUGCUCAAGAAAGACGAAGAAACCCCCGAAGUGUGAACUCUGCUUCUUUCCAUACAUCCGACACAAGAGAUUUAAGUUCCAUCACUGGCGUCUACCCAAGGUCAGCAAGAGGGACAAGUGUCUACACACAGCGUUCCUGUUCAACCUGAUAAUCAUGAUUGGAUGUGCAGUGGCCACUGUUCUCUGUUUCCUCUCCGACAAGGGACAGAUCACAAACUUGCCCAAGAACAAAGUGGAACUGACAUCGGAGGAAGUGAUAACUCUGGCGUGCGGUGUGUUCUUCUUUGUGUCGUUCUUCAUCGCCAUGACCGUUGAGAUCAAAGCGAAGCACACAGUGUACAAACUCUUCAUCAAGUUCCUCACUCAGAACACGGAAUGGCAGAUCGAACCCUAUGAGCGCUCAAAGGAUCCAAUGUACAACAUCCACCCUUCGCACAAUGUGUGAUGACGAUGUCGAAGAUGGUGAUGAUUGAUGAACUCUCUGCUUUUGUGGAAGUGGAACAAUAACAUUUGUCAGAGUGCAUGACUUUGCUUCAAAAUGGCUCGGCUGAACUCUCACUCAACCUUUGCUGUGUGUUCACAGCACACUAGUUCACUCUCAGUAAGCUUAUGGUUAAUUUACACUGAACACAAACAUAAGGAGACAUUUAAAGGCUGUACUGUCACUUAGACCAACAAAGGAUGAAGAUGUAAUGUUAAGCCUGUGUGAGAGCAUCCUGCAGCUGUGUAUGAAAUGGGUCCUUCCAGAGGCAGGUGUUUACCGAUGUGUGCGUUGUCAAGUCUGCUGUUGGAUCCUUAUGUCCUUUGCAGGUUCUCGUUAGUGAUAUUAUGGUAUAUUUUGUUCAAAGUUGUCAUUUCCCAGAGAUGUUUAUUUGUACCCAGUUUAUCUGACAACUUUGAAGGAGUUACCAUCAGAUUAUUAAACACACUGACUUUGGAAGAAUUUCAUUAAUUAUGCUGUUUGGAAAAGUUUGUGAAAAAUAUUGAAAUCCAAUCACUUUCCUCUUCACAGGCAAUUAAAAAAAACACACCUUUUUUUUGCUUCUUACAAUUAAAGUUGAAUUAGUCGCUCUUUUUUGUAAGUUAAUGAUAAUUAUUGUAUUAAAAGCUAAACCUGAGCAAAGCAAUCUUAUUUUGCUGCCUAGAACUCCUGUUACAACAUCUCAUAUACUUGAACUUUUAAUAAAUGAAUUUGUUAUUGUUUUUUUCUGUGAUAUACCCUUAUACAUCAAUAGCUAUCAACUAUAUACAUUUUGUUCGCAAAAAUACAAAUUAUUUAAGCUACUCUUGCCAUUGGUAUUAUGCUUAAGUUAUUUUCAUAAGGUUUUCUGGGUUGUCCUCCAAGACAUUUUUUUGUUUUGAGAUUUCAGGUUUUUUAAAAUAUUGCUAGUACUUUUAUCAAUGUUCUGGCUGACUCCUGUUCAUAGAAUCAGUAUUAUGUUUGAUGUGCAAGCAUUUAACAAGAACAGUUCCCAUGACGACAUGUGGUCUGUAUCAUGACUUCAUAACAGUAUGUACGGAUAAGAAACACGUGUCUCAGAUAAGUAUUAUUUACCAGGGUGCAGUACCGCAAAGUAAUCUCAGCACUAAGUUGAUCGUAACUCUGAUGCUUUAACACAGAAUUACGACAGUCGUUGCACUACGAUUGCUUAGUGGAACGUCCCUGUGAGAAAACAUAUGAAUAUAACACCAUUCUAGGCCAUACCCAUUUCAAGACCUUUAAUAUAGUUAAAAGAUUCAUUUUGUAUCUAAAGCACCAUGAAAUAUUAGAUGCUACAGAUGAUCAAUCUGACCUAGUUACCACAGAUGAAAUGUGCUGAAGCACGUGCUUAGAGCAGUGCUAAAAAUACUGAAAGAAUAUCUCAUGACAUCUCCUUUGCAUGAAAAUAUUUUUGACACAGUAGCAUUUUCUCAAAGUUGUUGGAUACAAUUCAACCAUGAUACUCAACAGUAAGGGUAAAUUGGUACCUUGCAACAUAAUCGGCAAAGACUUUGCGACAUAUUGUUGGUAUGGCAUAGUGGAUACAGUGAUACAUUAUGAUUGGUAGUUAGAAGAGCACUGAUGUUUAGAUGUGAGCAAAAAAAGAACAAAUUGCUGAAUCAAGUAUCAUAGGAAGCAGGAGUAAAUGCUGACCAGGCAAAAUCCUACUUGUUCAUUGCAUCCCCUAGCAUCAUGAUAGACCUAAUGAAAACAAAGGAUGUUUCCUAAUACCUGAUUUUCAAAGAUGUCUGUAAUGGCAGCCAUUUUGUUUUGUUUUUUCGUAAUUCUUUGCAAGAUAAUCCAGCAGAAAUCUAGGUUACAGAUUAGUGUUAGGAAUUUAAGAAAUAUUUCAAUAUUGUUGGCACACAACAGUACAAUCAGUCACAUAAAUGGUAUCUGAAGAAUCUCUUUUCAACCAGAGUAUGUUGUUAGGGAAGCAUCCUCCAUGGGAUAUACAAUCAUUAGAUCUAUGCAACCCUAGCACGGCGGUGGUUAGAGCUUUCAGCUUGAUCUCACUUCACUGCAAUGCUGUCAGAUCACGUGUGCACUUUGGUUACUUUCAUAAUCUUAAUACUAUACCUGAAUAUCAUUGUACAAAUUACUGUCUUCUUGGAGUUAUUUGCCCAUUUUCAGUGUGAACCUUGAACCGUUUUAGGUUCAAACUGGUAUUUCGUUGGUCCUGAAAUUGACCUGAUCAUCCCUCAACCCACCAUCUCAUCAGCAGCCCCAGUCUGCAGUCAGACUAAAGUUCACUCACCCGAAAGUCGGUCAUGAAUAUCAUGCUCAUACUACCACUCACGAAUAUUUAUAUCACUUCUGUACAUGGGCUUAUAUCACUGGGGACAGACAGCUGCUGUUUAGUGAUAAUGGUGAAUGCCAUAUACACCCAUAUCUAAAUUUAGAAAGAGGUUUUAUCAUAUACAGCCUGAGAUGUGAUGCUAUACAUUUUGUAUACCAUAGCGAAUGCCAGGUGCUAUCAGCCAUUUGAAUACUAUACUGCACCUUUUCAGUGUAGUUAUGAAUUUAUAUGUUAGUUCAUACAUGUAAUAUUUUCAUAUGUUUCUUUGAAAAGACCAAGUGUUAAUAUUGGUAUUGAUCAUUUGUACAAAUCCAUUUAAUGAGACUGACUGGAUGUUAGACUACUUACAAUGUGAAUGGUAACCAUGUUGGUUAGUAGGCGAGACUGGGUCUGAAAUGCAUGUCGGUAGUGCGUUGAUCACGAAGUGAUUCAUAUCAUUAUUUCGAGUAAUCAAAGUACUGAGUUUGUGUGUAAAUUUAGUGCUGUGAGAGAAAUAUAUUGCCAUUGUACAAAACAUUAUUUAAAUCUUUAUAUAUAUUCUUUCUAUUUUUAAUAAAAUGUGAUCAUAUGA